AUGACAAAAGAAAAGUUACAUACCGUUAUCCGUCUGCCAUCGUAUCAUUGCCAGUAUAACGCAAUAGAAUUAAUUUGGGCGCAAGUUAAAGGUCAUGCAACAAGACACAACACCACCCCAUCGUUCACGGCAAAUAAAAUUUUUAAUUUGCUGAACAAUGCAUGUGAACAUGUAACAUCAAAUGAUUGGAAGAAAGUGGUCGAUAAAACGCGAAGAAUUAUCACAGAAGAUUGGCAACGUGAUGUCCGCUUUGAUUAUUUGUGUGAUCAGGAAUUAAUAAUUAAUCUCGAAGAUUGUUUCAGUGACUCUGUUUCUGAUGAUGAUGAUUGUGACUUAAGAUGA